AUGCCUUUGAAUACAGUGGAACCAAUUACUCAAAUUAAAUCGAAAAAACUUGAAGGAAUUAAAUAAAUUAUUUAAUUGGCAUUUGAAAACUGUGAUAAUACUGAGUUAAGAAAAUUAUUCAAAAAGAUUUUACUUAGACAUAAUCAAAAUGAAUUGGCUGAAGAAGUUUAUGAAACAACAAAAUAAUUAGAUAAUUCGGAUAAAAUAACUCAAUUUCUUAUUGAAAAUUAAAAUGAUCCUGAGGUUUUUGAUAAGUUAAAAGAACUCAAUGUUGAUUACUAAGAUGAAUUAUCAUAAUUAUUUAAAGAAAAAGCAGAUUCUUUGGAUAGUUUUUGGUCACUUGCUUUUUCAUAGCCAGAAUUAUAACCAAUUCUAUUAGCAGAAACAAAAAAUAAAUCAAUAAAAUUAAAAAUUUAACUUGUUUAAAAAGGAUAUUUAUAGAUUGAGUAAAUAAAUGUAUCAGAAAUUUCAAAAUUAAAAAAUAAAAAAGAAUUACUUGAAAUAUUACUAUUAUUAGUACAUUUACACAAAAAGGAGUUCUCGUUUGAUAUUGCUAAAUAAUGUCUUUUAGGAUAAACAGAAUUAUUUGAAUUGUUCUUAGAUGAAUAUUAUCCAUUACUCAAUUAAGAGGAAUAAUAAUAGCUUCUUAAUUGGUUGGAAAAGCAGAAAUAAUUUUGUCCUUUGAAAUAUCAUAAAUUAAGAAAAUUAGAUUUUGUGCAACUAAUUAAAUUAACAGAAUAUCAUCCAAAUGUAGAUACUUGGAAAUUUGUCUUAGAAUAAACAAAGUAGUAAUUUCCUUAAAAGAUUACUUAAGUUAUGACUAGCAUAUAAUUUUUAGACCCUUAAAUAAGAAAUCAAUUGUUAAAAUGA